AUGGAAAACCAUGCAAAAGCGUCCUCAACUAUCCCUGAGAAUGGCGACACUGUUGUAGGGUGGAGUGGCCCAAAAGACCCCGAGAAUCCUUUUAACUGGAAAACAUCGAAGAGGUGGCGUGUUUCGAUCCUAGUAUGCUUCAUGACAUUUGCCGUCCAAAUCAAUGGAACGGCCAUGACGAGCGCUGCCGAGGUUAUCAAUGAAGACUUUCACAUCACUGACGAACACUUCCCGCAUUCAUACUGGCCAGUCUUAUCAUGGAACCUGGGGGGUGCAGCAGCACCAAUGUUGGGGUUGCCUCUGAUGGAGAGUUUUGGAAUCAGGUGGAGCUAUCUCUCCAUAUACCUCAUCUUGAUCAUCUUUCUCAUUCCACAAUUUCUGGCUCAAAACUUUGCAACUCUCAUCAUCACCAGGAUUUUCACCGGUGGCUGCACCGGUGUGCUGGCAAAUAUCACAAGUGGAGUUGUCAGCGAUAUCUGGCGUCCAGGUCGAAGCAAAAGCUUCAGUACUUCGCUCUGGAUAUUCUCUCUUCUCGCUGGGUUGAGUCUAGGUCCUGUCUUUGGCUCACUCACUGUACGAUUUGCUAGCUGGAGGUGGAUAUUUCUCUCUGAAGUUAUAGCAUACGCCAUAUUCCUACCGUUUAUCUUGUUUCUGUUGCCAGAAACACGCCCGGACGUUCUGCUCACCCAACGGGCCCGCCGAAUCCGUCGCGAGACCGGCAAAACCGUGUAUGCUUCAGCCGAGAAGACCCAUCUUACCUUCAAAGAAGUUAUUCGGGAAACUCUCAUCCGACCGAGUCGCAUGCUCGUGACCGAACCCGUGGUUCUCUUCUUUGGUCUCUGGUCUGCCUUUUGCAUCGGAACGGCAUUCAUGUUUACGCAAUCCAUCGUCCAGGUCUAUUCCGGUCUUUACUCUUGGACAUACUACGGCACUGGUUUCGUGCAAGCCGCGAUUGUGGUUGGUGAACUCAUUGGCCUAACCUUCUCCGUCAUCCAAGACCAUCUCUAUUUUACCUCUGCGAACCGGAACCGUGAGACACCAGGUAGUCCUAUCCCAGAAGCGCGACUCUACCUUAGCAUUCCUGCAUCAUUUCUCGGUCUUACCGCUGGUUUAUUCAUUUAUGCAUGGACAUCGUACACGACGAUCCAUUGGAUAUUUCCCACAAUCGGCCUCGCCUUCGUCGGGUUCGGUAUGUCCAUCAUCAUAUCUGCCGUAUCCUUAUACCUCUUAGACAUGUACGGAAAAUUCUCUGCCAGUGCAAUUGCAGGUGUCGCUUUCCUCGAAAACGCGUUAGCUGCGUUCCUACCGCUUGCUACACAGGACAUGUACCGCUCCCUUGGCUUCAAUUGGGCAAGCAGCUUACUGGGAUUUCUUGCGCUUGCACUCAGUUUCAUCCCCGUGGUAUUGAUGAUCUGGGGCCCGUCGAUCAGGGAGCGAAGUUAUUUUAUCAAGGAGGCACAGUACGAUGAUCACGAGGAGGACGUAGUAGAAGCUGUUGCUUGA